GCCCCAGCUGCGCCCUGGACCUCAACUUCCCGAUCGGAAGUGAGGCGGCUGCUGAGUCAGCCCCCGCCAGCGAGGCGGAGACGCUCAGCUGCGCGUCAGAGGCAGAGGGCGGCGGCUGGUCCUACGCACCAGCUGAGACGCUACACGGACCCGGCCACGCUCAAUGGUUGGUGGGCCAACGAAGCCCACCAACAUUGGGCGUGGGAGUGGAGCUUCUACCUGGAGGCCAAGAAGAUGCCAGAGCUCUUCUAGAAGUGAAGAAGAGCUCUGGCAUUUUCUUGGCCUGCCUGCAAACAUCCUCGAGACGGUCCUAUGCUUAUGCCUCGACAUCUCGAUAUCAGUAUAGAUGUUUUGCUAGGACUGAAGCUCCGACUCUUCGCUUUCCUGCUUUGCAUCCGCUGGGCGUAAGGUACUGCAAGAAGCUGAUUUACGCCACCAACUUGCUCAGCGGAAGCACAUACACCGUGUUUCGAGGAUCCCUGGGCAUUGAAGCAGCGAUUCGCAAGCACUUCAACGCCAAGGCGAUGGAAGCUGCCCAGAACCACGACAAGGUAGUAGAAGUGGUGGUUGGCGAGGUGAGCGGGCAACGGGUUGAGUUUUACCUGGUCCUAAGAGACAGCAAUGUCCCACAGAGCAUCCAUCUACGAGCUGCAGAUCGAUUCCACUUGGCCAUGAACACGGCUGUCAAGUUGGCCACAGGUUAUGAUGCGACCACACAGACAAAAGAGCUUUUUGUGGUUGAAGAAUGGUCCACAAGGGUCAGUGGUGCAAUCUCAGACCUGAGCUCAACUGUCCGUAGCCAAGCUCGAGCAUUGGAGGAUGAGGAUGUUGUGGGUGAGCUUCUGGGUCAAUCAGCCGAGAAGGAAUUGACCACUGAUGUUCGUGUACUCCCCACUGUGAGCAUGGGUAAGGGUCACUUGACUGAAGAUUUGCAGAGUGACCAGUUUCGUCAACAAGCUCGACGCAUUGCUCUGGACACUGUCGUUGGAGGUACGGAGGCAAAGCUUGCAGAAGCUGUGCAAAUCAACAUGGUUGACCUGUGCCAAGAUGUGGUGAUGGAUUUGAAAGAUGGGGAUGAUGGUGCCAUCGCAGGGGCCAUUACAGAUGCGAGUGAGUACCGCAGCAGCAUGUCGGAAGAGCUCAUGCCAGAACCUGAGCGGGCUCUACUGGAUGACCGCAACAGAGAGUCAGAUCGACUCGGGGUGUGGGCUGAGGGCUGCCCGUGCAGCAACAUGUCCUUUGAAGUGCUGUCGGGCAGCCGACCUAGCAACAGGACAGCUGAACCUGAAGAUGGCACACUGGAGACAACUUCCCUGGUGCGCAUUGCAGAACGAUCGGUGGAAGGACGUCAUGCGAUGAUCAACAAGAUCACCAAGAAGGCUCCAAGGCACUUGAUGGGCCUCCGACCAAGUCCGGCGUUGAACGUGGUGUUGGCUGGAUUUUCUGACUCGGAUGUUGCAAAACUGAUCUACAGAGACAAUAUCAAAGUAAAACAUGGGGGACGCAAGAGGCUUGCAGACGAAAUCUCCACGAAACCACCUGUUGCAUCACUCAGGGCCAACAAAGAUGCAUUGAAGGAUCGUGAUGAAGCAGAACCACUCUCAAAGGCAUUGGUGGCCUAUCUUCUGGAGGUAGGUAUCCAACAACCUUCGCUGUCAAGCAUGGCCCUGGAGGACGACAGGCCACCAGAUUCCAUGGCGCUCUUUCUGCGUUUUGCAACUGCCGGUGCCUUCUGGGACCAUAGUUCAUUCUUUGUGAAUCCUGAUGAUGAUGCCCUGCAAAGCCUGCUUGAUGAGCGAUUGGUUGCGAAGAAACCUGGCUCUGAUAUUGACACCUUCAAUAUUACGACCUUUGGUUUGCAGGCACUGCAGGUGACCCAAUCAUUCAGCCAGUCUUCCAAGCUUUCAGAGUUUGUGCCGGACUCAAGUGCCAUGACGGUGAGUGGGGAUUUCAGUCUGAUCCUUGAGCUCACCAAAAAAGGUUGGAACUUUGAGUACGAUCAAGAGCUUGACGCCAACAGUGACGGUGAUGCAGCGGAUGACAAUGAAUUUGAGUUUCAUGAUGACAAUGAGAGUGACAAUGAACUUUUCUUUUCGGAUGGAGACAAUGGAGACUGGGGUUUGGAUGACCAACCACAUGAUAGUUAUCCAAGGAAUCCAAGGGAGACAAACCAUGCACAGUCCAACGGUGCAGUUGUGAUCAGCGACAGUGACAGUGACAAUGAUUUUGGACACACGAACAUGAACCCGGACGACGAGAACUUGGGAACUCCAGUACCCCCAGCCCCAUCACCACCAAGUCCAGAAAAUUUGCCGGGCCCAGCCAGACCAGCUGUGCCAAUGCCUCCUCCACCCAUGCCGCCGCCCGCAGAACAGGUGGUGGCAGGGGUCGUGCACAACCCAGAAGACAGGUGGUACCAGGGAUCAGACAAUCCCACGGAGGUUCAAUGUGGUUUCGAUAUGCAACAGGCACCUGGGGAGACACUGGAGGUGAUUCCAUCCGAACUUCCUUCACGGGAAGAGUUGGAGGAACAGCUCACCUUUCACUUGGCCACCAAGGGUCGUGUCAGUGUGGAGAAUGCUGAGAAUGGUUCAAUGCCGACUGCUUCAUCUGGUCGCUCCGGGACUGGUACUGCAGGGUCUGAUGAUGUCAACCCAGGGGGACAUGUCAACACAAUGGCUGUUCCGGGGCGUGACACCCAUGACACGUUCCUGCCUACACUGUUGACGCCUAGGGCUGAUAUCCAUGCUGGGGCUAUGGCUGUGGGUGCUGUAGAAUUCAAAUGCCAAUCCGGAGUGGAGGUCGAUGACGUGUACGAAGCUGACAACCAGCCACGGGCAGGUAUUCUGACGGAAAAAGGCUUGAACCCUGGAGACGGAAAGGUGAUUGUCAACACAUCAAGUGACACCGACCAGAACUGCAGAAAGGUCUUGGCAUCGCUGGACAAGGAGUCUCUGACACCACUUGGACACAAGAUGGCUUGGGAUGCUGACACCGCAUCUACACGAAAGAGAUUGACCGAUUGCAUUUGGCACGAAUGUGCUCCUCGCUUCCCGCUGGACACUGUGACAGAGUACGAAAAAGGUGUGGCUGAAUCUGUACAAGCAGUCCCCGAAAGUGAAGAAGAUGAUCGGCAAACUGCGCCAGCAGGGGAGAGACUCGAUUUCCAAUCUCUUUCGAUUGCAGGGACCAUGUGGUUGCUGCGUGCUCCUGUCAGCGGAGCCACCACCGAUGUUGACCCGAGCGAGAGAUGGCUCUUGAACCUUUGUGGGUGUCACCAAGUUAGUCGUGACGCUAUGUUUCAGCAGGCCAGCAAGGCCAGAAAUGCUCAGGAACUCAUGGUAGAAUUGCAGACCAUGGAGAAGAAUCGACCAGAGGAAUUUCUGGAACAUCUUGCGAAUUUUUCGGAAGAGUGUCCCGGACAGGGUCGUGGUCGCAAGCGAAAGACCUGGGACUUCGCCAGGAUUAAGUCAUUGAAUCAAGCAGGGCUGGACGAGCCUGCUGCAGAGCAACUGUGGAACAAACAAUUUGCUUCGAAGGAUGUGAGGAAAGAUCAAGUUUGGCGGAUUUGGGUACCUAUGGACGACGGCUCCAAAACAGCCAGCUACGAGGACCGUUCGAUCCUGCACGAAAGAUGCGAUGAACAACAAAACCCGUCAGAGCGGACAAUGCAACAGCAGAAGGAAACAGCUGCGUCGUUGUUUCAGGAUCUUGAAGAAGAGGAGUCAAUUGUUCCUUCCAUUUCUCUGGCAGCACCAGCCGGAAGAGGAGCUAGUGGACCAGCUUCUUCUCAAGGCCCCAAAGGCACCAAAGGCAACUCGAAGAACAUUGUUCCUGAGUCGCAGCAUCCUUCAAGUCGACAAGCUGCUGCCACCAAGCCUGCCGUUGAAGCUUCGAGGCAGCGCUCAAAGACCAUGAAGGACUUUAAGAAUGCCGAACUGGGCAUGAAAAAGGCCCUUGAAGCUGGAGAGAAUGUCUUGCAGAAUGUGGCAUUGAAGGUUCACUCUGGCGACCAGGAGGCGGUCGACAGUGACGCGAGUCUUGAACUCCUUCGACGGCGCCUUGACCUGUUGCGAUGUGCCAUGGACUUGUCCACGGGCAAGGAUGGUGACUCUGCUAGCAAAGAUCUUCUGAAACGAUGUUUAGAGGAUCCAUACCUCAAAGAGCUACAGAUGAACUUGUUGGCAGAUGCUGAAGGAGCACAGUGCUUCGGAAAAAUCAAAUGGAUCAGAGAGAAGCUAUUGGACAUCCAGCCCAGUUCUGCUCGUGUGAUAGAGCUGAUGGAUCAGCAACGCACAGCGUUGUCUGUGCUUCAACGCAUAAUCAAAUGUGUUGAACAAGAAUCUGAAUCAUGGAGGACAGGAGCUGCAGCACUGGCGAAAGCUUAUGCUGAAGAAGAACGGGCCAAGAAGAAAGCAGAGGACAAGGUUCAGAAGGACGAGGAAAAAAAGAAAGUCAGACUAGCAAAGGCAGCUGCUAGAGAUGAAAAGAAAAAACGUGAGAAAGAAGAGAAGGCAGCAGCAGCAGCAGCAGCUGCAGACAAGAAGACCACAGAGGACGGUGACAAGAGUGAUGAGGAGGCGGAGGAGGGCAAAGUGAGCAAGCUGCGUCGACGACGCACAGGUACUGCUGCCACAGACUUGGAACCAUCCGAUCCAUCGGUGCUGCGAACUCUACGGGUGUCGCAGCAGUUGCCUUCUACCUCAAUCUCUGAUGAGCUGGAGCGCUUUGUGCACCAGAUUGCCCAGUUUCCCGCAGUCCCAGCAGUCUUGCGAUUGAAGAAGGGCAUGACCAAGAAGAUUCUCAGCGCUUCACCUGAGCUCAAUCCGAACCAAAUCAACAUCAUGUCAAAGAUGCUGAACGCUGACGCGCAGCGCUUUGCGAAUGAAUGCAGCGAGAUAUGGACGAAAGAUGUGAACAAAACUUCAUCGGGUCGUCUCGGGUCCCCUGCUGAAGGACCCGGAGAAGCACUUGGAUUAGACAAGCAACUCCAGUGUGAGAUUGACAACUUGAUCAAAAUUGAGUGCAAAGAAGACUUCAGUGAUGCUGUGCUGUGUCGCAACAGCUUUGCAGACAAGUCGUGGGCCUACGGCCAAUCUUUGCAGCCACCUGUGGCAGAAGCUGAGCUGACCAAGGAUGUCAACCGCAUCAAAGGGGUGACGUGGUGUGGCUCUCGUCAGGGUAGCUGCUACACUGGCACACUCCCUUUUGGUACGGGGGCCCUAUGCUAUCAAUAUGAAGGAACCCGAUUGGUUGCUACGGUGGAUGCCCUUGAGAUGGCUAAGCUCAAACACCCCCAUGUCACGGAACUCAUGGAAAAUGAGGAAGCUGGCAUCAGUGAAUUUAUCAAGCUCCUGGAGGAUGUAUCUGCUGAUUUUCGUGAUUUGGACGACACCGACCCCAACAUUUUUGAGAAGCUUGGUUCACUACGUGUGACAUAUGUGAUCGCUGGGGACAUUCUCUACAUACCCUAUGCGAGCAUAGUCUGUGAGAAGGCCUGUGGCAACGCGAAUAGCAUCUCCCUUCGUGUGAUGUCUUGCAUGAUGCACGCAUCACAACAAGCCCAAUGUCUGUUCAUGAAGAGGGGACCUGCGUGCCACGUCUAUUUGCUCUCGAUGUCCCAGUUGGGGAGGAAAGUGAAGAUGGAGAUGGCGGAGAAAGGGAACACGGCCAUGGACAAGGAGGGUGACGAAGGGAACCAAGCACAACCAGUGUCCCAGAACAACAACCCAAUCCCUGACAUCACUGGUGAUGCCAACAUCAUUGCUUUCGCGCAGAAGGUUCUGCAGGAGGUCGAAGAGGGGAACUUGGAUUCGAAUUGGGAUCUCGAACAGGUGUGCAAAAAGGUCGGCGAACAUUCACAGAUGCAUACCUACACCAAUUAUCUUCUCAUGGACCAAGACCUGCAGCAAGAGGAGUGGGAAUGGUGUGCGCCGGGCAAUGACUUCCAUGAAGAUCUGAUUGACUUUUUGGACUUUGUUACCAAAUCCGGGCCCAAGCCAGCUUCAAACUCAGUGAACACCGAGGGCGCCAUGACCAUGACCAUGACCAUGACCGGUGCGCACAACGUUGAGCCUGAGGUGACUCAGUCGGCUGCAGCUUCAGUGACCGAGAAUGAUCCCAAUCCUGAUGCCGAAAAGGACAAGGCAGAUGACGAGACCAAUGCCGAGACCAAGGAUCCCGGUCCCAUUUCCGAGAAACACAGUGAGACUGUUGAGCCCAAGACCAAGACCAAUGAUCCCAAUGUCGAAAAGAAAAACAGUGCCUGUGACGGCGAGACUGAGGUUGUCACCAAGACCAAGGAUGCUGAAAAAACAAACAGUGAUGGUGGUGGUGACGGUGAGACUGUUGAGGUUGUCCCUGACAAGACACUCGAGUUGGCGACCAAGGAUCCCCCAGCCAAUGCUGAGAAGAACAACGGUGAGACUGAGACUGAGACCAUGGCUGAACUUGUGACCAGUGACAAGUGCAAGGAUUCCAAUACCAGUCUCAACACUGCAGAUGCUGAGGCUAUGGAUGAGGAUGCCGAGGAAAGUGAGGAGUCGGAGAUGUUCGAAAAUAGCGACCCUGAGGCGGUUACUGAGACCAAACCCAAGGACAAGGAGAAGUACAAGAAUACCACAGCAGCUGAUGCUGGUAAGAAGCCUAAGGAUCUGCCGGAGGAUGGCGCCAUCUCCCGAUCGCCGAACUCGAAGAAGCGCAAGGCGGCUGAGGAGAAGGUGACCUUUAAGCCAGCACAGCGGCAGGGGCCCAUUUGCGAGAUCUUGGGUCUGAAGAACACCCAAGGCUGA